AUGUCGGACUCGCUCAAGCAGCAGUACCCCCCCUUCGCCACGGACCCAGAGACGCCGUGGCCGACCACCGACGGCAAGCGCGCGAUGCCGCGGCUCGCCGCUUCCGGCGGCGGCGCGGCGCGUCCGUGGGUCGACCCGACGACUCUCCUGCUUCAGCCGGGCGAGACCUCCUCCAUCGCCCUCCGCCUCCAGCUGGCCGAGGCCGGCCCGCGCACGCGCGACGCCGCCCUCGCCAAGAUGGGCUCCGCCGUGCUGCGCGCCGUGCCAGGGUACGUCCUCUCGCCGCACCUGCCCGGCACCCUCUUCGUUCAGCCGCCGGCCGGCGCGAGCGUCUCGACCGCCCGCGCCGACCCUCCCUCCGGCGCCGACACCGCCACCCUCGAUGCCACGCUGCGUGCGCCCCUCCCCAGCGGCUUCGUCCCCGUCCGCCUGACUGCGGCGGGCUACGGUGAGGCGCGGCUCCGCGUCGCCUUCUCCGACGGCUCAGAGGCGCUCGCGCACUACUACGUCCUGCCGCCGUUUGAGCGCCAAGUCGCCGCGCUCGGCGCCCACCUCGCCAAACUUGGGUGGCUGCCGCGCGAGUACCCGGACCCGUUCGGCCG